AUGGCCUCACGGUCCGCCAUCCCACUUCUGACACCAAUGUAGCGAACAGUGCGGUAACUGGCUUGAAAGGCAAGCACCCUACACAUCGCGCCAUUAGGGUUAACCCACUCGCUACAAUAUGAAUACGCUCAGAGAGACCAAAGUGAGAUAUUCUCCACUCAUUUAGAAUUGUGUUUGUUCUCAUUCCAGAUGGGCUUGUGCCAAGUAAGACAUUAAUUAUUACGCCAGACAGUCGUCAUUACUUAUUAUGGUGUUGUCUUGUGUUGUCUUAUACCAGUUCCCUGACAAAGAAGCCUCCAGAUGUGACCAAAAACCGCAAGCUGAAGACAGAGCAGCUUCUGAAAGUAGAUGAUCAUGAUUUCACCAUGAGGCCGGCAUUCGGAGGUAGGGGGGAUCACACACACACACAAACACACACACACACUGGCUGAAGAAUCCAGAUAUGCUCCUAAUGGAUGCUUUUCAGGGGACCCCAUUUGUCUGUAAGAUAUCAUGUGAAACACACCUUAAACAUCAUGCACGAACAGCAUGCAUUUCCCAUUCAUGGUAUUUACCUACCGUAGUUGAAUGCAUGAACUGUAAGUCGCUCUGGAUAAGAGUGUCUGCUAAAUGUAAAAUGGUAACUCUUUAGUGCUAGUUGACUUCACUCAGUUACUGAGUUCAAUAGUUUAGCUGUAAGCGCAUUCACAGUACUGUAACAACUGCUGUCCAACAUGACAGUUCAACUACACACAUUAGGUAAAGGGAGAGAACAUGACCUCCAAUUACACACCUUCUCCUGCUUGUUAGAAAAGCAGAGCUUCUUACUGUCUGUAAACUAUAAAUACUUUGGGAUAAAUAUAAGUAUACAGUACCUGUGUAUUGUUUAAACAAUUAGAUUUGCAGUCUUGGACCUGAGUUUUAAGCAUAUCAUAUAUUUAGAAUGAGUAGAACGGUCAAUGAUGCCAUAAUGGGUAGACUGAUUCUAUGCCCAUUCUACUCUAUUCUACUUCUAUGGUUUUAAGCCUCUGUUUCAGUACCUCCAAAUAAUCAAAUUUCUGACAUCCAGCUACCCCGCUCUAAAGCAUCUAAAGCCGUCUACUUAGUUUUCAGUUACAUACUGUACUCUAGCUUGUUAUAGCCUACAAACUUGACUCAAUAUGUUCUUUGUGCAGCAGCACGAUGAGAACAAUUCAUGAGCUGUUUCAUGGAUUUACUGUGAGUGAACCCAGAGUAUUUCUUAGUGCUUUGAGUAGCAACAUGCAUGCCCCGCCCACUUGAGUAUCUGUCUUUUUCAGCCAUCUAUUUCCUGUAUUUGAGAGUUGCAAAAUCCACUUGUCACUUAAAUCUCACUGGAUUGAUUGCUUUCAUUUUACGCCAGUGACUCUUUCAUUCUCUUGCUUGUGCCUGUAAUUUUUUCAUUUUUGUAAUGACUUGUCAAACACACUAAAACAUAGCUGAAAUGGCCUGAAUGGAAUACAUUGUCUUUUGAAUCUAUAAGAAGUCAAAAGCUUUGUGUGUGAUUUUACGCACAGUCUCGACACUUACAUCACAAGAAAAAUAAGAAAGAUAACUUUAAUUUGAUGGGUGUACAUUUUUUGUGGAAUUGAAAAAAGUAAUCAUUUAAUACAGUUGCAAUGUUUACAAAUUAGAUGCGCUGAAAUGAAAGCAACUUCUGAAAAUGAACAUUCGGAUUAUAGUGAUAUUAUGUCUGAUCUGACAAACAAUGUGAAGUACUGUAUGUUUAGAUAGGUGUAAUCUAUCCAAGCGUGUGGAUUUUUUAUCCGAUGGUACAAUAAUUAAUGAGGCAGUCUAGACAGUGCAGGUAGGGUAGACAGAGCAAGUGUUUUGGUGGUUGCAGCACUGUCUUCUUCUUCUUCUUCUUCUUCUUCUUCUUCUUCUUCUUCUUCUUCUUCUUCUUUGGUAUUAUGGCGGUCCGCAAACAAAUAUUAUAGGUGCAUGCCGCCACCUACUAUAUUAGCUGUGUAUCAGCCUACUAUUCUGUAGUAUGAAUUCAUUACACAUUGUGAAAAAAUUGCCCUACCAACUAACUCUGCACCCAUUAAAACCUCACCAUUAUUCCACUACUUUGGCCCUAUCUGACCUUACUCCAGGCCAGCAGCCUGCGAGGACGGGACACUAUUGUUCAAAACAUCUUGUAACUCUUCUGCAGUAAAAUCUCAUACACCCAAGUACUUCUCUGCAGCUGCCACCACAACAUAUAUACUCUGUGAUUUACAUUCAAUUCCUGCGGUACAAUUGAUAACCAUGGCCAUGAACGCCAAAAAACCAACCUUACUGAAGCAAAUGUUAUUCCUAUCACUCUCUAUUGGCCUCGGCCUACUCACAGGGAGCCUCUUAGGAUCCCUCACCCUGGACCCAUCUUCCUCUAAUACUCUCUUCACUGCCUCAGUAUAUGACACCUUCUGCACUACUCUGAUCCUGGCAUCCUCAACCUGCCUUUCUCUCACCAGACACCUCUGAUCUCCAGCACCAUGGGUACCCCUACAGUUUACACACACAACUUUUCCCAACGAUACUACACAUUCCUUUGUCUCAUGUCCUCCUGCACACUUCUCAUAUCUAGGAAUCUCCCUUCUACACACUGCUGCCACAUGACCAUAAGCUUGACACCUAAAACACUGUAAUGGUUUCGAGACAAAAGCUGUCACGGGAUAACUGACACAUCCUAACUUGAUUUUAUCUGGUAAAGACUCUGCAUCAAAACUCAGUAGUACAGAAAGUGUCUUCUCUGUUUUACCACACUCUCCACCAGGUCUGCGUCGCACCAAAUGGUGGGUGUCACAGACACCGGGAAUCUUCAACUUCAGUUGAUCCUCCUCAACACUUAACGCCACUCCAGUUAUCACUCCUUUCAACAGCGCCCUGCUCCGGAGAGGAAAGCAAGUCACAGUUCUUGUCCCCAGUAUUCACACAAAACAUGUUCCACUUUGCUUUUCCCUGUCCGCCAUCUUCUCCUUCAUCAGAUCUUCCAUAAGACUUGUGAAAUCCCCUAUUCCAUAUUUACUUAUAAUAUGUUCCACUUUUCUCAUUUUUUUCCUGUCAGCCAUCUUACCCCCACCUUAUGGCCACACCGGCAGCUAUCUCGCUCCUGACCAAUGUUCCCUCUAAACUGCGGGGGUGCUCGGGCGCGCAGUAGCCUGAGCACAUGCAGUAGCCUGAGACUGCCGUGCAGAAGAAAUAUCAGCCCACAGAGAGAAGCAUGAGAUUGAACUUCACUCAACUUUCUAGGGCAGUGGUCACCAACCGGGAUCAACUGGUCGAUCUCCAAGGCAUUCCUAGUCAAUCCCCAAACAUUUCUGUUAAAAACCUAACGAUAAAGCCUUGUGUUCCUAUACAUUAUUUUUUGGGGCAGUAGGUGCUGUUGGCAGUAGGUGCACCCGAUUCAGCUGCCCUGCGCGCCAGGUAGGCAAGCUGUUGCCAUUUUGAACCAUGUCAUGUGUCUGAAAGUACAAACUCUGCCUUCCCGGUGGGCCUGGAGAGCAAAUCGAGUGCACUAUAGGCCUACCACUGGCCAAUCGGAUGGCUCAGAUUACUGUGUCUGCAGUAAAGUAGCAGGCAUAAAAGAAAGCUACAGCAAAGUUGAUACUGUGAGAUUUCAAAAUGUUUAAAACCAUGACUAGAGAGAGACUGUCAACGAAUAGAGCAAAGAACUGUUGUUUUUAUGAGUGAGUUCAUGUUUAAGUUCUUACUCAGCACUGUCAACACUUUGUAUUCAACACUUUAAUAAGUCAUAAAAUGUGCAUUCUUCCUAUAUACAGUCAGCGCUACAACAAGCACUGCAGCAGUAAUGUAUGAGUAGGAAAGUGUAUCGAUAGGCUUGCGUUGUUGGUAUUAUUAGUGGCUUGCAUCUUUUUUAAUAUCUAGGAAUAUUUCACUUUCUCUGUUCAUUUCUGCAUGAGGCAGAAAAAAUGCGGUGCGACUCGAGUUUCGCCAUCAGCUGGAAGUGGUUGUCCCUUUUUGGUCAGUGUCAGUGGAGGAAAGGGAGAGCGGAGGGAUGUUGAGAGGCGGACCCUCAGUCUGCUGCUCUCUCCCUCCACUGAGACUGACCAUCAGAUGUAGGCACCAUCAGCCCAGCAAAAUAAAAAGCAAAUUAUGUAUGCUCACUCAGCUGUGCCUCACAAGUAAUACAACAACGGAUCUCUUACCGGUGUGAUCAUAUAGCCUACCUCAAAUUUUGUAAAUAUCAUUUUAGAAAAUGGCCAAACAACAAUGCAUUGGUAGGGCAAUUCAAGCAAAACUAAUAUGCGUUGAUAAUGUAAUGGGCAUAUAGAUUACUGCAUAAACCUCAUUGCUACAGUACUGUUUUUAAUUGGUUAAUGUUGCAUAGGCUUACGUUAUUUUAAAUAAUGUUCAAAACAUAACUGAGCAGUAGAUCUCGGCUUGCAUUUUGACUCAGAAAGUGAUCUUGACACAGAAAAGGUUGAUGACCAAUGUUCUAGAGUUUUCCCUGUUAACACUAUCAACGUUUCCCUUUACUGUGGCAAUUGUGAUUGAAUCAACACAAUAUUAGCCACUUUCAAUGCAACAUACCGAAACAAAACAAACUAUGCAAGAUAUUUUGUUGUAGGCAGAAUGCAUCGGAGUAGGAUUCUAUUGCAUUGACACGCACGACUCAGCCCGUACUCUACACAGACUGGUGCGGCAUAACCAAUCAGAGCUGCAGUAGGCCUAUAUGCAAAUUGACCAUUGCCAUAUAUGGAUCUGUGCCAUUUACUUUGAACUGGACUGUGUUUACAGCAUGAGCGGUCGUGAGUAGAUGCGCUUGUUUUGAGAUUAAAGCGAGUGCUGCUGUAGCCACGUGUACACAUUUUGUUCAAAUCCUUUGCUAGUUAGUGAGUUUUUAGCCCAGUUAUAGAUAAUUUGUAGUCAGCAAUAGGGGAGUAAUUGCUUCCUACAAGAGCACAAAACGUGUACAUUUCUAGACAUCUUUGAAAGAGAGUCAGGCAAGAGCUUUUUUUUGUCUUAAAGGGGCAUUGUUGUAGUAGCCAAUAGGCAGAGGGUAGCAUCAUUUGUUUGAUUCUCUGUAAUAAUGGUAUGGGAAUAAUAAUGCAUAACAACAUUUUCAGUCUCAUGGAACGGAGGCCUACAUUGAACACAGCACAUUGGCUGCUACUGUAGGCUGAAUGAUAGAACAGCUAUUUCCAUGUUAAAAUGUUAUGGGAUGCAUUUUCUCCAUUGUUUUUGAUGGUAGGCCACUCUGGUAGGCCCACAGUAUGAUGAAAUAGCCACAGUAGCCUACUUGGCCACUGUUAACACUGUAACUUAAAGGGGGUACAGCCUCAGUGCUCACAGUAAACACGCGCUGGAAGUUGCACAGAAUUUUCACAACGUUCAAGUUUGCACUCAGCAGACCCUGUUCCACCCAUUUAUGUAAAUGUACGAAUAUAUUCAAAUACACCCUGUGUAUUUAUGCAAAUGAGGAACAUAUCAUUUUCUUUGUUUUAACACAAAAUCAUUGUUAAAUACAAUAACAAAAAAUAGAGCGAGAGUACAUUAUAAGAAAAUAUAGUGCAAUUUGACAAUAAAUUGAAUACCUGAAUUCCCACCAAAAUUCCUGAACUCCAUUCAUUAUUUGUCUGUGCCAGUGAAAUAUUUUAUGUGCUAUAAUUCAGUCAAUAUCUGAUGGAUUAUACAAUUUCAAAAAGUUUGGAGUAUCUUCAUCCAUUGUACAACUUUUGCAUCUAUUAGAAUUGUUUUUUAAAAAUGACCGUUGCUACUUUGAGUGUGUGAAAUCUAAGCAGACUUGUAUUAUUGGAUGAGUUCAGGGCUAGUCUUUGUGUUGAUGCACUUAAAAGUUUGCUUCGUUCGUUGCAGCCGAGAAAUCGACCAACUCAAACUUUAGGAUUGUUUUCUUCGUGACAAGACAGCUUUUUUUAACAAUGUUUGGAGAUGCUGCAAUUGAAAACGAGAGAAAAUAGGGAAGAGAGAGAAAGAGCAUGAACAAGUUUUCUUUUCUUUUGAUGUUUUCUUCUCAACUUGUUUCUUGUUUGGAGCCGACCUGAUGAAAGUAGGGGGGCUUGUACUGCAGGGGAAUGAAGGGGAACAUCGAUCAGCAGGGGGUCACACACACAUACAUACACACACACACACACACACACCGUUCAGCGGGGCAUCACAGUGUCGUGCAGAGCUGGAAAUAGCCUGAGUACAAUCAUCCCCAACAUCUCAACAGAGGGUAAAUGGAUCUAAUCACACUACAAUGGAAACGGACUAACUCAGGCUCAUACAGUUACAGUCUCCUCUCCUUGAAGAGAAACACGCAUGUGGAGUUACACAGGACUAGAACAGAGUAACUAGCGGUGUGUAACUUUCUGCAUGCAAAUGGCCCAGUAAAGGAGCUUCCCUUGGACAUGCUUGGCUUCUUUUAGUCCCUCCAUGCAUUUUUAAAGUCUGUGCUCUGUGAAUGUAUGCAUGUCUUGGGACACUGACUUGUAGUCUGCAUGCAGUUUGUAGACUCACAUUAUGCAAUUGCUUUGCCCUCCCUCCCCUUACAUAAAAAAUGUGGUUUUUGGACAUGUGUGAACACACAUACAUUUUUUGGAAAUGUUCACAAGUCAGACACGUGAAGUUCUAGCUACAUCUGGUUUCCCAUCCAUGAACUGACCAAGACCAACCCUGCUUAGCUUCAGAGGCAAACCAGUAGUGGGAUGCAGGGUGCUAUGUAGCUGGAAUGAAUGUGGCAAAAAUUGCGAUUGUAAAAAAUGGCAGUUAAAUCAAAGGACAGGGUAACAUAACUGAAUAUAGGGAAAUUGCAGGAAAGGGGGGGCGUUUUAUUUAAUCGCGUUAUCGCAAACAUUUUUUUACAGAUUUUUUUUAACAUCCAUUUACAAUUCAUUUCCUUGCAAGAUUUUGUUUUGCUAUCAAUACUUUUUGGUUUAUGUCUUGCUUUCAAUAUCAUUAUUUUUGUUUGCAAUACUAAGAAUUGUGUUCUUGACAUCAGUAGUUUUGCUUAAUAUUAAUGGACACAAAGUAACUCACUCACUAGAGGAUUGCGCCAUAUCAUAACACUGUUACUCUAUUAAAGUUAUUUAAAGCAGCGAUCCUUAAUUUAAACUUUAACAAAUAGUUGUCCCUGCCACACAGUUUCAGUCAAAAGCUGAGGGAUGGGGCUGGAGAAAUGCAACCACUCUCAAAUCCAUAGACUACGCUAUGGAUGCAAGGACUGACCAUCCGUGAUAUAAAAAUUAUAGUUUUAACCAUGUCUUUAAGCUAUACAGUGGUUUGUUUACAUUUAAUUUGUUUACAAACAUUGGAGUAAAACAAGCUUCUAUUUAGGGUUCUGAUGGGGUGUGACAGUUGAACUAAGCUCUUGAGGCAUUUAUACGUUAUAUUCUUCAAGAAUCAAUGGGUAUUAUAUCAUUAAUUUAUGUCCAAAAAUGGAUGUAGCAACUAAGCGGAACUAUGUUGCCAUUUGAACUUGAUCCAUUAACCUGUCCCCCAAUUAUAUUUAUUUUGAGAUUUUCACAUGUUGAGUUUUCUUACAUGCGAAACUGCAAAUUUGAUUUUAACUUUCACAUGUGAACUUGCAAUUUCAAAAUGCGAUUUUCACAUGUGAAACUGCAAAUUUGACAUGCGUUUUUUUUGUAAGGGCUCCUACCCUUAGGCUGUAUAUUUACACUGCGUGUACAAAACAUUAGGAACACCUUGAGUUGCACCCCCUUUUGCCCUCAGAACAGCCUACAUUUGUCAGGGCAUGGACUCUACAAGGUGUCGAAAGUGUUCCACAGGGAUGCUGGCCCAUGUUGACUCCAAUGCUUCCCACAGUUGUGUCAAGUUGGCUGGAUGUCCUUUGGGUGUUGGACCAUUCUUGAUACACACGGGAAACUGUUGAGUGUGAAAAACCCAGCAGCGUUGCAGUUCUUGGCACACUCAAACCGGUGUGCCUGGCACCUAUUACCAUACCCCGUUCAAAGGCACUUAAAUAUUUGGCCUUGCCCAUUCACCCUCUGAAUGGCACACAUACACAAUCCAUGUCUCAAUUGUCAGAAGGCUUAAAAAUAAUUAUUUAACCUGUCUCCUCCCCUUCAUUGAAGUGGAUUUAACAAGUGACAUCAAUAAUUCACCUGGUCAGUCAUGUGACAUAUGUGAUAUGUCAUGGAAAGUACACUCAUUGUAUAUAGUUUGACAUUGCAGGUAUUCUAUCCAUAGUAUGGAUGUCAACAGAAGUGAGAAGGUCUGGUCUAAUCUAAUGCAUUGGUAGAGUGGGUUCAUUGCUUUUAAUCCAGGGAUAACACAUUAAUCUCAUUGCUAAUCCAUGAUAAGGGGAGCACUCUGGUAUCAUUUGAUGCACGAAGAUGGAGAGAUAGAGAGCAUUGAGCACCGUUCACAUGAUACUCUGUACUGGACGUAAAGUGAAGCCACAGCGUACUUUUCAGAAAUGUGGUGGUUUAGUGGCAUUAAGGAUUUAUCUGUAGUUCACGAGGUCAACAGUGAAGUUCAUACUUAUUUCACUCUUACUCUUAUUUAACCACCAAUAAACCACACAGUGACAUUCCCUGACACAGCUGAGGAGUAGAAAGGAGUGAAGAAGAGAGGGGAGGAAAGAAAGGAGAGGAGAGAAGAGGAUAGGAACUGAGAGGAGAGUAGAGGCCAACAUAUUGUAAACACUGCUGCCACCUCUCCCUCAACGUCAUCAAGACAAAGGAGAUGAUUGUGGACUACAGGAAAAAAGAGAGGACAUCACCAACAAACUAUAAUGGUCCAAACACACCAAGACAGUCGUGAAGAGGGCACGACAAAGCCUAUUCCCCCUCAGGAGACUGAAAAGAUUUGGCAUGGGUCCUCAGAUCCUCAAAAAGUUAUACAGCUGGGUUAACCCCUAGCCAUCUGCUGUAGCCUUAGCCCUAGCCUAGCCAGUUCAUCUAGAUUUGUAUUAACUGCUGUAGCUAGCUGCUAGUCUUAGCUUAGCCUAGCCGGCGAUGCUAACGAUCAUGACCAGAUUAAGCAGGCAAGGGUUCCUCCUGCUGACCGUGUGGAUUAGCACAUAAUGCACUAGGGACUCCUGCUGACAGCUGUUUACCAUCCAUAACACUGUCUCAACAGACAGACCAGAUGUGCUGCCAGGCUGGCUCAGUUGGGCACUAAAGAACACAGACAGUACUGAGUAGUACUAAAUACUUACAGUACAGACAGUACUGAGUAGGACUAAGAGUAUUACUAUAACAGACAUUAUAUACUAGCAGUGACAUCGUCCUGCUGAACAACAGUUUUGGGGUGAUCAGUAGAUUUUGGCUGAAUCCCAAAUGGCACCUUGUUUCCCACAUAGUGCACUACUUGGGAAUAGGGUACCAUUUGGGACGUAGCCUGAAGACAUUACCAGUUUGCAAUGCAUUUUUGCAUAUCUGUAGGCUUACUUGACCCCAAUUUUGCUCCACAAAGCACUAGAAGAGGGCAACAUGAAGUCGUUUGACAAAAGUGCAUGGGGUUUGCAUAAAAAACUAAAAGUAACUCUGGGAGGUCUUUUUGCCUAUAAUUGAUGUCCUUUAAAGACAUUUGAUAUGCAAUAUGCUGCCAAGUUUUUUAUGUGGAUUUGGAAUGUCAAUAUUAUUCAUUAAUUCAUACUAUUAAAUAAUUCAGAUCAUCCUUCAAUGCAAAUUGACUCGAGAUACCUUCUGUAGACAGUAUAAUACUCUUAUAAUAACAUCUAGGCUCCUGCACUGUUACAGUCACCACUUAUUUCAAUGAGUUGAGAUGUCAAUGUAAAUCGACAGUAUAUCGGCAUGUAAAAAAAUAAAAAUAAAAAUAAACAUUGAGGUACAAGCCAUCACCAUGCUGUCAAUUGAAUUAUCUCAAGUUGUAAAAAGAGAACAUUGCAUUGAUGCCUACUAUGCAGAAACAGUCGAUUGAUCUCCUGGGUCUCUUUUAGGCCAAAUGUCAGACCGAACUGGGACAAAGUUGGGGCAAAUCGAACCAAGGUCAGAGUGACAGGAUGCAGACUGGCUAGCUGUGUGUGUCACACACACACACACACACACACACACACAAACAAACCAUAGGGAAAUUAAUAGGCCUGGGGGUGUUUAUUCGAACAUGUACCAGCAUUGUUUACCCAAUGGAGAGUGAUAUGAACAUUAAUCUAAUCCGAUCACAACAAACGACCAACAGAUUGUAGGAUGUGUUGCUGCGUGAUAUACAGUAGUAUCUAAAGUAUGGCAGAGUGAAACCACCAUGCAUGCAGCUCUAGAUUUAGAUUCAGAUCUUUCCUCUGGUUAUAUUUAUGCAAUGUAUCCACAUUAUGUUAAUGUAUGUAACUUAGAGUGAAGCAUGUAGCACUUAGGUUAGUUAUUGUCUGUGCAAGUUAUCCCAAUUAACCAAAGCCUUUAUUUCACCCAGUGAUGCAAACAGAAAUAGGAAAUUGCAUCAUGUAAUAGCAAAGCAGUUUUCUUCUAUAAUUGCUCCACAGACAAGCUGAUAACUAUGCAUCUUAAAAGGGAGGGGAGAGCCACUUUGAUAUGCAGUAAAUGGCACCCUAUUCUCUAUAUAGUGCACUACAUGCUAUAUACUAGUCUAUAUCAUGCCCUAUGGGCCCUGGUCAAAAGUAGUGCACUAUGAAGGGAAUGAGGUGCCAUUUGGGAUGUAGCCCUCAUCUCAUUCUCAGCUCAGAUACUCUGAUUGAUAAAGAAGACAGAUUCAUUCAGAAGCAAAAACGUGAAGACGUUCCGUAUUAAGUGAUUUUGAAUCACAGAUAAUCAAAAAGCAGCUUGCAGGCCAAUCCGAAUCACAACUUCUUCUGAAAUGAUAUGUCAGCUAUGAUUUCUGAAUUCUCUGAUGAUGUCUUCGCUGGAGUGAAUCUGUCUCCAUAUACAGUGCCUUGCAAAAGUAUUCAUCCCCUUGGCAUUUUUCCUAUUUUGUUGCAUUACAACCUGUAAUUUAAAUGGACCAGGCAAGGCGGGCAUUAAUCAGAGAGGCAACAAAGAGACCAAAGAUAACCCUGAAGGAGCUGCAAAGCUCCACAGCGGAGAUUGGAGUAUCUGUCCAUAGGACCACUUUAAGCCGUACACUCCACAGAGCUGGGCUUUACAGAAGAGUGGCCAGAAAAAAUCCAUUCAUUGAAGAAAGAAAUAAGCAAACACAAUUGGUGUUCGCCAAAAGCCAUGUGGGAGACUCCCCAAACAUAUGGAAGAAGGUACUCUGGUCAGAUGAGACUAAAAUUGAGCUUUUUGGCCAUCAAGGAAAACGCUAUGUCUGGCGCAAACCCAACACCUCUCAUCACACAGAGAACACCAUGCCCACAGUGAAGCAUGGUGGUGGCAUCAUCAUGCUGUGGGGAUGUUUUUCAUCGGCAGGGACUGGGAAACUGGUCAGAAUUGAAGGAAUGAUGGAUGGCGCUAAAUACAGGGACAUUCUUGAGGGAAUUCCAGAGAUUUGAGACUGGGAGGGAGGUUCACAUUCCAGCAGGACAAUGACCCUAAGCAUACAGCUAAAGCAACACUCGAGUGGUUUAAGGGGAAAUAUUUAAAUGUCUUGGAAUGGCCUGGUCAAAGCCCAGACCUCAAUCCAAUUGAGAAUCUGUGGUAUGACUUAAAGAUUGCUGUACACCAGCAGAACCCAUCCAACUUGAAGGAGCUGGAGAAGUUUUGCCUUGAAGAACGGGCAAAAAUCCCAGUGGCUAGCUGUGCCAAGCUUAUAGAGACAUACCCCAAGAGACUUGCAGCUGUAAUUGCUGCAAAAGGUGGCUCUACAAAAUAUUGACUUUGGGGGGGGGGGGGGGGGGGGGGGGGGGGGGGGGGUGAAUAGUUAUGCACGCUCAAGUUUUCUGUUUUUUUGUCAUAUUUCUUGUUUGUUUCACAAUAAAACAUAUUUUGCAUCUUCAAAGUGGUAGGCAUGUUGUGUAAGUCAAAUGAUACAAACCCCAAAAAUAUUUUUUACAUUUUAGCAGACGCUCUUAUCCAGAGCAAUUAGGGUUAAGUGCCUUGCUUAAGGGCACAUCGACAGAUUUUUCACCUAGUCGGCUCAGGGAUUAGAACCAGCGACCUUUCGGUUACUGGCACAAUGCUCUUACCCACUAAGCUACCAAUUUUAAUUUUUUUUAAAUGGAAAAAUGCCAAAGGGGGUGAAUACUUUCGCAAGUCACUGUAUGGGACAUUCUACAGAAGUGGUGCAAAUUGCAGUCCCACCCCAAAAAACUAUUAACAAAAACAGUUAAGUCUUCAAAUUUAGGACAUACAGUGCUAUGAAAAAGUAUUUGCCCCCUUUCUAAUUUUCUCUACUUUUGCAUAUUUGUGAUACUGAAUGUUAUCAGAUCUUCAACCAAAACCUAAUAUUAGAUAAAGGGAACAUAAGUGAACAAAUAACACUCUGCAUUCCACAGUAAGAACAUCAUACAAAAGGUCAAGCAGGGUGGUGGUGGUGUGAUGGUUUGGGGAUGCUUUGCUGCCUCAGGACCUGGACGACUUGCCUUAAUAGAAGGACAAUGAUCCAAAACACACAAUCAAGUCUACAUGAAAAUUGCUAAAAAGCAACAAAUUGGAAGUUUUGGAAUGGCCUAGUCAAAGUCCAGACCUAAUCCCAAUUGAGAUAUUGUGGCAGGACUUGAAAUGAGCAGUUCAUGCUUGAAAACCCACACGUCACUGAGUUAAAGCAGUUCUGCAUGGAAGAGUGGGCCAAAAUUGCUCAUUGCAGCUAAAGGUGGCACAACCAGUUAUUGAGUGUAAGGGGGCAAUUACUUUUUCACACAGGGGAAUUGGGUGUUGCAUAACUUUGUUUAUGAAAUAAAUAUGUAAUUGUUGUGUUAUUUGUCCACUUAUGUUCCCUUUAUCUAAUAUUAGGUUUUGGUUGAAGAUCUGAUAACAUUCAGUAUCACAAAUAUGCAAAAGUAGAGAAAAUUAGAAAGGGGGCAAAUACUUUUUCAUAGCACUGUAAAUUUACAUCAUGAUAUGUUUUAAUUCAAUCCAAGGCAAUAACAAACAUAUUAUAAAGUUUAUAUUGUACAUACUGUAUAUAGUACAUUGUACAUAAUAUAGUACAUUGUUUAUACACUUAUUUAUAUUGAGAGGUGUUUGAAAAUAAAGCAAUUAAUGAUUUUUUUAACACUAUUAUUUCAAUAGAACAUCUUGUAGUUAGUAUUUAAAAAAAAAUAUAUAUAUAUAUAUUUCAAAACGAAUGCUGUCCCAUCUUUUGAUGUCACAACCGAAACACACAUUGAAAGACUGUCCACAUUGAAAGACUGUCCAAAGAAAGAUAUACAGCCAUAUGUUAGCUAUGGGGAUUCUUUAAAGUCCAAAAUAAGUCAAAAUUGUUCAAACCGAAAUGUUCACAACCGAAACAAUUGACACCAUAGAGAUAUAUAGAGGUCUCAUCUUUGUAUCUGUGCUAUUAUGGCGUCUGUAACAGCAGCGGCAGCGUUAUUUCCAUUCUAAAGUUGCAUGCUCUACCAACUGAGCUACAGAGGACCACCAUGUGGGUAGUGGACAAGUGCACACUUCAAGAAAAAGUGUAGAGUAUUGAGAUGCAUAGCCAGCAGGGGGGCUCCAACCCUCCAAGAGCCCAAACAUUUACAUAUAUUUGGCCAAAACAUAUACGCCUUUAAUGUGCUAUACUGUACUGUACUGUACUGUACUGUUCUGUAAUGUACUUUACUCUACUGUACUGUGCUGUACUCUACUGUACUAUACUGUACUGUUUACUCUACUUGAGUUUCUUACAAUUGAAGAAAGGGGCCAUGGACUCUUGAUCCAGUGGUCUUGGUCUUGGGCCACUCAAGACCACACAAAUUCGGUCUUUAAUAAACUUUUACUGCAGUGGGCUAAAUCAGGGUCACACAGAGUGUUUCUUGGUAGUCUUAAACAAAUCUACUUUGAAACCAAAGUAUACACCUCACACACGGUUAUGGGCUUAAAAAAAAGAAGGCAGCCAUACCAUGUCAGAUAUAGAGUCGAAAUGUAUUACAUUUUGAGUUUGCAUCCCAAUAUUACACGUUAUAUACAUCACAGAAGACUGAAAUUUAACAAAACCAUUUGACAUAGAAACACCAGAUUUUCGGCUGGUCAUUUGACUGCAGGAAAGGGGGACCUUGUCAUGGCCUCAACUCACUGGGUCUGGAUCUUGGGACCAUAAAUCUUGGUCUCGGCUCCUGGAUAUUACCUUAGUCUUUGGUUUACAAACCAUAUGCAACCCAAUUUGAAAAAGACAAUGCUCUCUGAUCAUUGGCUGAUCACUCCCAGUUGACUACUUUUAAAUGGUGGAGACCCUCAAUGGCAAUGUCUAUAAUAAAAAUAGAGUCCUCCAUUUAUCUCUAUGAUUAACACUUGACUCCUAAAUGCCAGUUAUUUUACCAAAAUAAAGAUAGGUAAAGUGAUGGGGCAGCAGUUAGCCUAGCGGUUAAGAGCGUUGGGCCAUUAACUGAAAUGUUGCUGGUUCGAAUCCCCGAGCUGACUAUUGACGUGUCCUUGAGCAAGUACCUAAGGAUUCAUGGACAUGGGGGGAGAUACUGGCUGGAAAGGGUCCUUGGGCACAACCGGGAGAAUAUCGCCGCCCUCGUGAAGAGCUGGAGGCAGCUAAAGCCGAGAGGAGGCGGUAUGAGGAGGCAGCACGGAGUCAAGGCUGGAAGCCCGUGGGUACCACCCAAAAAUUUCUUGGGGGGGGGCUUAAAGGGAGUGUGGCGAAGUCAGGUAGGAGACCUGCGCCUACUCCCUGGACUUAACCGUGGAGAGCGAGAGUACGGGCAGACACCGUGUUACGCAGUAGAGCGCAUGGUGUCUCCUGUACGCAGGCAUAGCCCGGUUCGGUACAUUCCAGCUCCACGUAUCGGCCGGGUUAGAGUGAGCGUUGAGCCAGAUGUCAUGAAGCCGGCCCAACGCAUCCGGCUACCAGUGCGUCUUCUCGGGCCGGCGUACAUGGCACCAGCCUUACGCAUGGUGUUCCCGGUUCGCCCACAUAGGCCGGUGCGGGUUAUUCCACCUCCCCGUACUGGUCGGGCGACGGGGAGCAUCAACCCGGGUAAGGUUGGGCAGGCUCAGUGCUCAAGGGGGCCAGUAAGCCUGCACGGUCCGGUAUUUCCGGCGCCACCUCCCCGCUCCAGCCCAGUACCACCAGUGCCUACACCACGCACCAAGCCUCCUGUGUGUUCCCCGAGUCCUGUGCGUCCUGUUGCUGCUCUCCGCACUAGGCCUUAUGUGCGUCCCCAGGGUCCAGCAUGCCCUGUUCCUGCUCCCCGCACUAGGCUUUAUGUGCGUUCCCAGGGUCCAGCAUGCCCUGUUGCUUCUCCCCGCACUAGCUCUGAGAUGCGUGUCCUCAGCCCGGUACCUCCAGUUCCGGCACCACGCACCAGGCCUACGGUGCGCCUCAGACGGCCAGAGUCUGCCGUCUGCCCAACGGGGCCUGAACUGCCCGUCUGCCCAAAGGCGCUUGAACUGGCCGUCUGGACUGAGCCUGCAAAGCCGCCCGUCUGCCAUGAGCCUUCAGAGCCGCCCGUCUGCCAUGAGCCGCUAGAGCCUUCCGCCAGACAGGAUCAGCCAGAGCCUUCCGCCAGACAGGAUCAGCCAGAGCCUUCCGCCAGACAGGAUCAGCCAGAUCCGUCAGCCGGCCAUGAGCAGCCAGAUCCGUCAGCCAGCCAUGAGCAGCCAGAUCCUUCAGCCAGCCAUGAGCAGCCAGAUCCGUCGGCCAGCCAUGAGCAGCCAGAUCCGUCGGCCAGCCAUGAGCAGCCAGAUCCGUCAGCCAGCCAUGAGCAGCCAGAUCCGUCAGCCAGCCAUGAGCAGCCAGAUCCUUCAGCCAGCCAUGAGCCGUCCAGCCAGGAUCCGCCAGAGCCAGCCAGCCAGGAUCCGCCAUUGAGUCCGGUGCUGUCCCUUAGCCCGGUGCUGCCCCUUAUCCUGGUGCUGCCCCUUAGUCCGGUGCUGCCCUUUAGUCCGGUGCCGCCCCUUAAUCCUGUGGGGUUUAGUGGGGGGGUGGUCAUGUGGAGGAGGCUACGGAAGCAGAUAGUGACUAAGGUGGGGUGGGGACCACGACCAGGGCCAGAACCGCCACCGUGGACAGACGCCCACCUAGACCCUCCCCUAGACUGUAUGCUGGUGCGCCCGGAGUUCGCACCUUUAGGGGGGGGUACUGUGACACUCUGGCUCCGGGACUUUUGUAUUUGAGCCAGGGUGUAUUUUGUUAUGUUGGGUUUGGGUGUAUUUCUAGGUUUGCCUUUCUGUUGGCUUCAUUUCUAGGUUUGGUCUAUGACUCCCAAUCGGAGGUAACGAGUGUCAGCUGUCGGCUCGUUAUCUCUGAUUGGGAGCCAUAUUUAAUCUGAAUGUUUUCCUGUGGGAAUUGUGGGUUUUUGUUCCGUUUCGGUCAGUGUACCGUGGACUUCAUUGAGUCGUCUUUUGUUUUGUAGUUCUAUAACGUUUAAUUAAUAAAGUCAUGUUUCUUGGACACGCUGCGCCUUGGUCAUACUUAGACGACAUAGACGACCAUGACAAUAAGUGCAUCUGCUAAAUGACUAAAAAGUGAUAAUUUAAACAUCUAACAACAUAAUGAAUUAGAUGCAUAAGUAAAUCAAUCAACAAGUUUCAGAUUCAUACAUUGAACAUUUUACAGAGAACAAUAAAGAUGACAUUUCUCUAAAUUUAUUUUUAAUUUUUUUUUUAGUGUGCAAAGCUGUCAUCAACGCAAAGGGUGGCUAUUUGAAUAAUCUCAAAUAUAACAUUUUUUAUUUUAUUUUUAUAGAUUUGUUUAACACUUUUUUGGUUACUACAUGAUUCCAUAUGUGGUAUUUCAUAGUUUUGAUGUCUUCACUAUUAUUCUACAAUGUAACAAAUAGUAAAAAUAAAGGAAAACCCUUCAAAUGAGUAAGUGUGUCCACACUUUUGACUGGUAGUGUAUGUCAUGGAAAGAGCCGGUUUCCUUAAUGUUUUGUACACUCAGUGUAUAGAGUAUGACUACCUGACAUAUGUUGGAAGAGAUGUGCUGAAAGUUUGCAAAAAAUAGGAUACAGAAAAAACAAAAAUAUCCAACCCCCAAUUUAUAGAAUGACCCAUAUCAUAGAUGACAUUCUAACCAGAGGAUAUUGAGGGAUUUUCCCCCUCUGUAAAGUAGUGCACUAUAAAGAGAAUAGGGUGCUAUUUGAGAUGCACACAUUGAUCUUUCUUCUUUCAUUGUACCAGUAAGUGGGGAGUAAUCCCAAAGAGUCAUAGAGAUCCCUUCUCUGCUGCGGGUCUCAAUGGCUUUGGGAGGCACUGUCUUUAAUCUAACAUUUAGCGUCUCCGCUAAUCUCACCAGAGUACAGACAGGGCCGUAUCCAGGGUUUGAGUUUUAAGUGAGGUCCGGAAGUGGACAUUUCUUAAAAGUUGAAGUUCAUUUACUGCAUUUCUAUACAAUUAAAGAAUGUUUAAAUACUAUUUGGAGAACAGCAAAAACAAGCAAAAAUGACCCCAGCCAUUAUCACCUUGGCUGCUGUAGGUGGUAAAUAGACAGCUACGAAAAAUAUAGAUGAAAACUCUCUUGGUAGAUAGUGUGGUCUACAGUUUAUCAUGAGGUACUCUACCUCAGGCGAGCAAAUCCUCGAGACUUCCUUAAUAUUAGAUAUCGAGCACCAGCUGUUAUUGACAAAUAGACACACACCACCACUACUCGUCUUACCAGAUGUAGCUGUUCUGUCCUGCUGAUGCCUGGAAAACCCAGCCAACUGUAUAUUGUCUGUGUCGUCGUUCAGCCACGACUCUGUGAAACAUAAGAUAUUACAGUUUUUAAUGUCCCGUUGGUAGGAUAGUCUCGAACGGAGAUCAUCCAGUUUAUUCUCCAGUGAUUGCACGUUGGCCAAUAGAACGGAUGGUAGAGGCAGUUUACCCACUCGCCGACGAAUUCUCACAAGGCACCCCGAACUCCGCCCCCUGUAUUUCCAUAUUUUCUUCACGCGAAUGACGGGGAUUUGGGCCUGGUCUCGGAGAAGCAGUAUAUCCUUCGCGUCGGACUGAUUAAAGAAAAAUUAUUUGUCCAGUUCGAGAUGAGUAAUCUCUGUUCUGAUAUCCAGAAGCUCUUUCCGGUCAUAAGAGAUGGUAGCAGCAACAUUAUGUACAAAAUAAGUUAAAAACAAUGCGAAAAAACACACAAAAUAGCAAAGUUGGUUAGGAGCCCGUAAAACGGCAGCCAUCCCCUCUGGCGCCAUUCUGAGAACCCUUUGCCAAGAUAAUCCAUCCACCUGACAGGUGUGGCAUACCAAGAAGCUGAUUAAACAGAAUGAUCAUUACACAUGUGCACCUUGUGCUGGGGACAAUAAAAGGCCACUCUAAAAUGUGCAGUUUUGUCACAACACAAUGCUACAGAUGUCUCAAGUUUUUUGAGGGAGCUUUCAAUUGGCAUGCUGACUGCAGGAAUGUCCACCAGAGCUGUUGCCAGAGAAUGUAAUGCUAAUUUCUCUACCAUAAGCCGCCUCCAACGUUGUUUUAGAGAAUUUGGCAGUACUUCCAACCGGCCUGACAAAUGCAGACCACGUGUAACCACGCCAGCCCAGGACCUCCACAUCGGGCUUCUUCACAUGCGGGAUCAUCUGAGACCAGCCACCCGGACAGCUGAUGAAUCUGUGGGCUUGCACAACAGAAUAAUAUUUGCACAAACUAUCAGAAACCAUCUCAGGGAAGCUCAUCUGUCCUCACCAGGGUCUUGACCUGACUGCAGUUCGGCGUCGUAACCGACUUCAGUGGGCAAAUGCUCACCUUCGAUGGCCUCUGGCACAGUGGAGAAGUGUGUUCUUCAUGGAUGAAUCCUGGUUUCAACUGUACCAGGCAGGUGGCAGACAGCGAGUAUGGCGUCGUGUGGGCGAGCGGUUUGCUGAUGUCAACGUUGUGAACAGAGUGCCCCAUGGUGGCGGUGGGGUUAUGAUAUGGGCAAUCAUAAGCUAUGGACAACAAACACAACUGCAUUUUAUGUAUGGCAAUUUGAAUGCACAGAGAUACCGUGACGAGAACCUGAGGCCCAUUGUCGUGCCAUUCAUCCGCCGCCAUCACCUCAUGUUUCAUCAUGAUAAUGCACGGCCCCAUGUCACAAGGAUAUGUACACAAUUCCUGGAAGCUGAAAAUGUGCAAGUUCUUCCAUGUCCUGCAUACUCACCAGACAUGUCACCCAUUGAACAUGUUUGGAAUGCUCUGGAUUGGCGUGUAAAACGGUGUAUUCUAGUUCCCGCCAAUAUCCAGCAACUUCACACAGCCAUUAAAGAGAGGAGGGACAACAUUCCACAGGUCACAAUCAACAGCCUGAUAAACUCUAUGCGAAGUCACACUGCAUGAGGCAAAUGGUGGUCACACCAGAUACUGACUGGUUUUCUAAUCCACGGCCCUACUUUUUUUUAAGGUGUCUGUGACCAACAGAUGCAUAUCUGUAUUCCCAGUCAUGUGAAAUUGACUGAUUUCCUUAUAAAUCAAAUCAGAUCAAAUUUAAUUUGUCACAUACACGUGUUUAGCAGAUGUUAUUGCGUGUGUAGCGAAAUGCUUAUGCUUCUAGCUCCGACAGCGUAGUAAUAUCUAACAAGUAAUAUCUAACAAUUUCACAACAGUAAGGAAUGGAAUUUAAGAAUAUAUACAUAUAUGGACAAGCAAUGACAGAGCGGCAUGGACUAAGAUACAGUAGGAUAUUAUAGAAUAGAGUACAGUAUAUACAGUACAUAUGAGAUGAGUAGUGCAAGAUAUGUAAACAUUAUUAAAGUGACUAGUGUUCCAUUUCUAUCUCAAGUGGCCAGUGAUUUCAAUAGGCUAUUUAACAGUCUGAUGGCCUUGAGAUAGAAGCUGUUUUUCAUUCUCUCGGUCCCAGCUUUGAUGCACCAGUACUGACCUCGCCUUCUGGAUGAUAGCAGGGUGAACAGGCAGUGGCUCGGGUGGUUGAUGUCCUUGAUGAUCUUUUUGGCCUUCCUGUGAUAUCGGGUGCUGUAGGUGUCUUGGAGGGCGGGUAGUUUGCCCCCGGUAAUGCGUUCGGCAGAACGCACCACCCUCUGGAGAGCCCUGCGGUUGCGGGCGGUGCAGUUGCCGUACCAGGCGGUGAUACAGCCCGACAGGAUGCUCUCAAUUGUGCAUCUGUAAAAGUUUGUGAGGGUUUAAUGUGCCAAGCCAAAUUUCUUCAGCCUCCUGAGGUUGAAGAGGCUCUGUUGCGCCUUCUUCACCACACUGUCUGCAUGGGUGGACCAUUUCAGUUUGUCAGUGAUGUGUACACCAAGGAACUUGAAGCUUUCCACCUUCUCCACUGCGGUCCCGUCGAUGUGGGUAGGGUGGUGCACCCUCUGCUGUUUCCUGAAGUCCACGAUCAUCUCCUUUGUUUUGUUGACGUUGAGUGAGAGGUUAUUUUCCUGGCACCACACUCCCAGAGCCCUCACCUCCUCCCUGUAGGCGGUCUCGUCAUUGUUGGUAAUCAAGCCUACUACUGUUGUGUCAUCUGCAAACUUGAUGAUUGAGUUGGAGGCGUGCUUGGCCACGCAGUCAUGGGUGAACAGGGAGUACAGGAGGGGGCUGAGCACGCACCCUUGUGGGGCCCCAGUGUUGAGUAUCAGCGAAGUGGAUAUGUUGUUUCCUACCUUCACCACCUGGGGGGCGGUGGUGAAGGUAGGAACCCAGUUGCACAGGUCGAGGUUCAGACCCAGGGCUUCGAGCUUAAUGAUGAGCUUGGAGGGUACUAUGGUGUUGAAUGCUGAGCUAUAGUCAAUGAACAGCAUUCUUACAUAGGUAUUCCUCUUGUCCAGAUGGGAUAGGGCAGUGUGCAGUAUGAUGGCGAUUGCAUCGUCUGUGGAUCUAUUGGGGCGGUAAGCAAAUUGAAGUGGGUUUAGGGUGACAGUUAAAGUAGAGGUGAUAUGAUCCUUGACUAGUCUCUCAAAGCACUUCAUGAUGACAGAGGUGAGUGCUACGGGGCGAUAGUCAUUUAGUUCAGUUACCUUUGCUUUCUUGGGUACAGGAACAAUGGUGGCCAUCUUGAAGCAUGUGGGGACAACAGACUGGGAAAGGGAGAGAUUGAAUAUGUUGGUAAACACACCAGCCAGCUGGUCUGCGUAUGCUCUGAGGACCCGGCUAGGGAUGCCAUCUGGGCCGGCAGCCUUGCGGGGGUUAACAUGCUUAAAUGUCUUACUCACGUCGGCUACGGAGAAGGAGAGGCCACAGUCCUUGGUAGUGGGCACUGUGUUAUCCUCAAAGCGGGCGAAGAAGGUGUUUAGCUUGUCUGGAAGCGAGACGUCGGUGUCGGCGAUGUGGCUGGUUUUCCUUUUGUAGUCCGUGAUUGUCUGUAGACCCUGCCAAACACGUCUCGUGUCUGAGCCGUUGAAUUGCGACUCCACUUUGUCUCUAUACUGAUGUUUUGCCAGUUUAAUUGCCUUGCGGAGUGUGUAGCUACACUGUUUGUAUUCUGCCAUAUUCCCAGUCACCUUGCCAUGGUUAAAUGCCGUGGUUCGCGCUUUCAGUUUUGCGUGAAUGCUGCCAUCUAUCCACGGUUUCUGGUUAGGGUAGGUUUUAAUAGUCACAGUUGGCACAACAUCACCUAUACACUUCCUGAUAAACUCAGUCACCGUUUCAGUGUAUUCGUCUAAAUUAUUUUCGCAAGCUACCCGGAACAUAUCCCAGUCCGCGUGAUCAAAACAAUCUUGAAGUUUGGAUUCCGAUUGGUCAGACCAACAUUGAAUAGUCCUUAGCACGGGUACUUCCUGUUUGAGUUUCUGCCUAUAGGAAGGGAGGAGCAAAAUGGAGUCGUGGUCAGAUUUGCCCGAAAGGAGGGCGGGGGAGGGCCUUAUAACCAUCCCGGAAGUUCGAAUAGCAAUGGUCGAGGAUUUUAGCCGCGCGACUACAACAGUCAAUAUGUUGAUAGAACUUCGGCAGCCUAGUCCUCAAAUUUGCUUUGUUAAAAUCCCCGGCUACAAUAAAUGCAGCCUCAGGAUGUGAUUUCCAGUUUGCAUAAAGUCCAGUGAAGUUCUUUGAGGGCCGUCGUGGUAUCGGCUUGAGGGGGGAUAUACACGGCCGUGACUAUAACCGAAGAAAAUUCUCUUGGGAGAUAAUACGAUCGGGAUUUGAUUGUGAGGUAUUCUAGGUCGGGUGAACAGAAGGACAUGAGUUCCUGUAUGUUUCUACAAUUACACCAUGAGUCGUUAAUCAUGAAACACACACCUCCACCAUUCUGCUUCCCGGAGAGAUAUUUAUUCCUGUCUGUGCGAUGAACUGAGAACCCAUCUGGCUGGACCCCAGAGAGCCAUGUUUCCGUGAAACAAAGUAUGUUACAGGCCUUGAUGUCUCUCUGGAAAGAAAUCCUUGUCCGGAGCUCGUCGAGCUUGUUGACCAGAGACUGAACAUUAGCGAGUAGUAUACUUGGAAGUGGUGGGUGGUGUGCGCGCCUCCUAAGUCGAACCAGCAGGCAGCUCCGAGUGCCUCUCCUCCGCUGGCGAUAUUUUGGGUCAGCCGCUGGAAUCAGUUCAAUUGCCCUGGGGAGAGCAAACAAAGUAUCUGCUUCGGGAAAGUCGUAUUCCUGGUCGUAAUGCUGGUGAGUUACCGCCACUCUGAUAUACAAUAGUUUUUCCUGGCUGUAUGUAAUGAUAUAAAACACUUUCUGAGCUAAUAAUGUAAAAAAUAGUACAUAAAAAAACAAAAUAAUGCAAAGUUUCCUAAGAGCUAGUCGCGAUGCUGCCAUCCUUGUCGGCGCCAGGUGGUUUGACAACUGCAAUUUAAUCACUUGCGCUAUAAAUGCAACAAAGUCCACCUGUUAGUGUGUCGGGAUCCUUCUCCUGAACGGCAUUCACUGCAGGCUUCAGCUAUUAAGGUGCCUCUUGGUCCCAAAACACAAGCUUUCUGGAGUGCUGAUGACCCGUCUUUUCAACGCGAUCUUCGUAUUCUGAUAGCAGAAGUCACAUGUACUCUAAGUGUCAAGUGUAGACACAGCCACACUGUCAGCAACGUCUCUAGUUGCCUAUUUGAGCUGACUGCGAGCUGGGGUAGUUAGUUUCAUUUCUCAGACCCUCUGCCUGUGCCGUGAGAGGGCGGCGUUAGCUGUUUGAGAGAGUGGUGAAUGUGCUGCUAAAAAGGCAAAUCCGGGACGACAAAUCCGGUGGACGCAGGCGAACAUAAUGAACAAACCACUGUUUAUGAUUACACUCGUUUCGGAAAGAAGCAGGCACGAUUAGAAAUCAGUCAGAUCAAGAAGCGUCUCUGAGCUUUGAUCAACGCUGAGAGCAAUAUUUUGAUGUUUACUCAUAAUAGAUUUUCUUUAUUUUGUUAAACAUGUAUACAGUAUUUGUAUUUUUGUAUUAUCAUGGCUGUCAACAUCACUCCACAAGCCAACACCACUCUGGCACCCAAAGGCAGCGUUUCUGGUGAGCGGAGACUUAACACGGGGAGACGUAAAACCAUCCUACCUCACUUCUACCAACACAUCUCUUGCGCCACUAGGGGAGCUAAAACUCUAGACCACUUUUAUUCUACCCACAGAAAUGCAUACAAGGCCCUCCCUCGUCCUCCCUUUGGCAAAUCCCCAGGCCCUCCUGUAGCUCAGUUGGUUGAGCAUGGCGCUUGCAACGCCAGGGUUGUGGGUUCGAUUCCCACGGGGGGCCAGUAUGAAAAAUGUAUGCACUCACUAACUGUAAGUCACUCUGGAUAAGAGCGUCUGCUAAAUGACUAAAAUGUAAAUCUGACCAUGACUCCAUUCUCCUGCUUCCUGUUAACAAGCAAAAGCUCAAACAGGUAGUACCAGUGAUGGAAGUGGUCGGAUGAAGCACAUGCGAGGCUACAAGAUUGUUUGCUAGUGCAGACUGGGAUACAGUAUGUUCCGGGAUUCAUCGAUAGCAUUGAGGAGUUUACCACAACAGUCAUGGGCUUCAUCAAUAAGUGCAUAGAUGAUGUCAUCCCCACAAUGACUAUAAGAAUGUAUCCAAACCAAAAACCAUGGAUUACUGUCACGAUUCUCUAAAGCAGAACCCAGAAGCAGACAAGGUGAGUAGACAGAAGGGGAGUAUUUAUUUAACGACUCAAAUGUGGAAGCAGGAUAAUUCAGGAGACGGAGCGGGCAGCGGAGGUGAGUUGGUGGAAGUGAAUAGGCAGAUCCAAUGAUGUUACAGAACCCACCGACGACCAGGCAAGUGUGGAGUGAAUGUUCUGGGAGAAUAACUGUAGACAGAGUAAACGGAGGUAAGUACACGGCAAGCAAAAAGUACAAAACAACAAAACAAACUCUAGAAAACUUGAGGCUGAUACGCUGACACAACAUACUGUUCAUGACUAACGAUUCGGCAGGGAAUGGAUGUCAGGUCAGAGCUUAUGAAGUGGAGAGGUGAUGAUCAGGACCAGGUGUGCAGAUAGCUGAUGAGAUGCAGGUGCGGGUAAUAGAGAGAUCUCUCGCCUAGCUUCGUCGCCCGGCAACCAGAAAGGGUGCGUUCAGGAACCUCAGGAAAACAGACUCCAGGACAGAAAACAGGCAACUCAGGCAGAAACAGACUCAGGAAGCGGGAUUCAUGACAAUUACAGGCAAUAUCCGUGCUGAGCUAAAGACUACAGCUACUGCUUACAAGGAACGGGACACAGACAUGGACGCAUACAAGAAAGCUCGCAACGACCUCCGACGAGACAUCCUACAUGCAAAAAGACAAUAUAGGAGGAAGGUGGAAUCCUAUUACACCGGCUCUGACGCUCGUCGUAUGUGGCAGGGCUUGCAGACGAUAACAGAAUACAAAGGGAAACCCAGCCAUGAGUUGCCCAGCGAUGCAGAACUCCCAAACUAGCUUAAUGCCUUUUAUGCUCGCUUCGAGAAAGAAAACACUCUGCCUUGCGUGAAACACCCUGUUUUUCCAGAUUACUGUGUGAUCUCGCUCUCUGUGGCUGAUGUGAGCAAAACAUUUAAACAGGUUAACAAUCAGACGGAAUACCAGGCCGCGUUCUCAAGGCAUACACAGACCAGCUGGCAAUCUCUCCUUGUCCCAGUCGGUAAUCCCAACAUGUUUCAAGCAGACCACCAUUGUCCCUGUUCCCAAUAUCUCCAAGGUAACCUGCCUAAAUGACUAUCGCCCUGUAGCACUCACAUCUGUAAUUAUGAAGUGCUUUGAAAGGCUGGUCAUGACACACAUCAACACCAUCAUCCCAGACAUGCUAGACCCACUCCAAUUCACAUACCCCCCCAACAGAUCCACAGAUGACGCAAUCUCAAUUGCACUGCCCUCUCCCACCUGGACCAGAGUGGAAAUAACUAUGUGAGAAUGCUGUUCAUAGACUACAGCUCAGCGUUCAACACCAUAGUCCCCACCAAGCUCGUCACUAUACUGGGACUGAACCCCUCCCUCUGCAACUGGAUCCUGGACUUCCUGACGGGCCGCCCCCAGGUGGUGAGGGUAGGCAACAACACCUCUGCCACACUGACCCUCAACAUGGGGGCCCCUCAGGGGUAUGUGCUUAGUCCCCUCCUGUACUCCCUGUUCACCCACAACUGCAUGGCCAUGCACGGCUCCAACACCAUCAUCAAGUUUACUGACGACACGACGGUGCUAGGCCUGAUCACCGACGGCGAUGAGUCACCAUCGAGAGCAUUUUGACUGGCUGCAUCACAGCUUGGUAUGGCAAAUGCACCAUCCUUGAUCGCAAAGCGCUACAGAGGCUGGUGCGGACAGCCCAGUACAUCACUGGGGCAAAGCUCCCUGCCAUCCAGGACGUCUAUAUCAGGCGGCGUCAGAGGAAGCCUGAAUAAUUGCCAAAGACUCCAGCCACCCAAGCCGUAGAUUGUUCACUCUGCUACCGUCCGGCAAACAGUACAGGAGCAUCGGCUCUCUUGGUCCGAGACAGCUUCUACCCCGAAGCCAUAAGACUCCUAAAUAGCCAGACUGAUAAAUAGUCAAUUAAUGGGACUCAAAUUAUCUGCACUGACUCUAUCUUGCACUGACCCUACGCACACUCACUAGACUAUACUACACUGACAUUCCCACACAAAACACAAACAUUCACAUACACUACAUACGCACACACACACAUAACACACACAUGCAUACCAACACAACACAAACACACAUGCACUCACACACUUUUACACUCAUCAUUUGCUGCUGCUAUUCCUUUCUUUAUUUUACUCAUAUUUUAUCUAUCCUGAUGCCUAGUCACUUUACCCUGCCUUCAUGUACAUGUCUACCUCAAAUACCUCGUACACCUGCACAUUGAUCUGGUACUGGUACUCCCUGUAUAUAGCUCCAUUCUUGUGUAUUUUAUUUAAUUUGUCUUGUAUUACUUCCACAUCACCAACAAACUAUCAUGGUCCAAACACACCAAGACAGUCGUGAAGAGGUCACGACAAAGCCUAUUCCCCCUCAGGAGACUGAAAAGAUUUGGCAUGGGUCCUCAGAUCCUCAAAACGUUCUACAUCCUGACUGGUUACAUCACAGCCUGGUAUGGCAACUGCUCGGCCUCCAACCGCAAGGCACUACAGAGGGUAGUGCGUACAGCCCAGUACAUAACUGGGGCCAAGCUUCCUGCCAUACAGGACCUCUAUACCAGGCGGUGUCAGAGGAAGGCCCUAAAAAUUGUCAAAGACUCCAGCCACCCUAGUCAUCGUGUUCUCUCUGCUACCGCACAGCAAGCAGUACCGGAGUGCCAAGUCUAGGUCCAAAAGGCUUCUUAACAGCUUCUACCCCCAAGCCAUAAGACUCCUGAACAGCUAAUCAAAUGGCUACCCGGACUAUUUGCAUUGUCCCCCCCCCCUCUUUUACGCUGCUGCCACUCUCUGUUUAUUAUCUAUAGUCACUUUAACUCUACCUACAUGUACAUAUUACCUCAAUUACCUCGACUAACCUGUGCCCCUGCACAUUGACUCUGUACCGGUACCCCCUAUAUACAGUGAGGGAAAAAAGUAUUUGAUCCCCUGCUGAUUUUGUACGUUUGCCCACUGACAAAGAAAUUAUCAGUCUAUAAUUUUAAUGGCAGGUUUAUUUGAACAGUGAGAGACAGAAUAACAACAACAAAAUCCAGAAAAAUGCAUGUAAAAAAUGUUAUAAAUUGAUUUGCAUUUUAAUGAGGGAAAUAAGUAUUUGACCCCCUCUCAAUCAGAAAGAUUUCUGGCUCCCAGGUGUCUUUUAUACAGGUAACGAGCUGAGAUUAGGAGCACACUCUUAAAGGGAGUGCUCCUAAUCUCAGCUUGUUCCCUGUAUAAAAGACACAUGUCCACAGAAGCAAUCAAUCAAUCAGAUUCCAAACUCUCCACCAUGGCCAAGACCAAAGAGCUCUCCAAGGAUGUCAGGGACAACAUUGUAGACCUACACAAGGCUGGAAUGGGCUACAAGACCAUCGCCAAGCAGCUUGGUGAGAAGGUGACAACCGUUGGUGCGAUUAUUAGCAAAUGGAAGAUACACAAAAGAACUGUCAAUCUCCCUCGGCCUGGGGCUCCAUGCAAGAUCUCACCUCGUGGAGUUGCAAUGAUCAUGAGAACGAUGAGGAAUCAGCCCAGAGCUACACGGGAGGAUCUUGUCAAUGAUCUCAAGGCAGCUGGGACCAUAGUCACCAAGAAAACAAUUGCCGUGAAGGACUGAAAACCUGCAGCGCCCGCAAGGUCCCCCUGCUCAAGAAAGCACAUAUACAGGGCCGUCUGAAGUUUGCCAAUGAACAUCUGAAUGAUUCAGAGGAGAACUGGGUGAAAGUGUUGUGGUCAGAUGAGACCAAAAUCAAACUCUUUGGCAUCAACUCAACUUGCCGUGUUUGGAGGAGGAGGAAUGCUGCCAAUGACCCCAAGAACACCAUCCCCACCGUCAAACAUGGAGGUGGAAACAUUAUGCUUUGGAGGUGUUUUUCUGCUAAGGGGACAGGACAACUUCACCGCAUCAAAGGGACGAUGGACGGGGCCAUGUAUUGUCAAAUCUUGGGUGAGAACCUCCUUCCCUCAGCCAGGGCAUUGAAAAUGGGUCGUGGAUGGAUAUUCCAGCAUGACAAUGACCCAAAACACACGGCCAAGGCAACAAAGGAGUGGCUCAAGAAGAAGCACAUUAAGGUCCUGGAGUGGCCUAGCCAGUCUCCAGACCUUAAUCCCAUAGAAAAUCUGUGGAGGGAGCUGAAGGUUCGAGUUGCCAAACGUCAGGCUCGAAACCUUAAUGACUUGGAGAAGAUCUGCAAAGAGGAGUGGGACAAAAUCCCUCCUGGGAUGUGUGCAAACCUGGUGGCCAACUACAACAAACGUCUGACCUCUGUGAUUGCCAACAAGGGUUUUGCCACCAAGUACUAAGUUAUGUUUUGCAGAGGGGUCAAAUACUUAUUUCCCUCAUUAAAAUGCAAAUCAAUUUAUAAUAUUUUUGACAUGCGUUUUUCUGGAUUUUGUUGUUGUUAUUCUGUGUCUCACUGUUCAAAUAAACCUACCAUCAAAAUUAUAGACUGAUCAUGUCUUUGUCAGUGGACAAACGUACAAAAUCAGCAGGGGAUCAAAUACUUUUUUCCCUCACUGUAUAGCCUCGCUACAGUUAUUUUACUGCUGCUCUUUAUUAUUUGUUAUUUAUUUUCAUUUUAAAUUUUUUACUCAUCUAUUUUUUACUUAACACUUAUUUUUCUUAAAACUGCAUUGUUGGUUAAGGGCUUGUAAGUUAGCAUUUCACUGUAAGGUCUACACAUGUUGUAUUCGGUUGUGUGUGACAAAAGUAAAGUGUGGUGUACCACAGGGCAGCUCUCUAGGCCCUCUACGCUUUUCUAUUUUUACCAAUGACCUGCUACUGGCAUUAAACAAAGCAUGUGUGUCCAUGUAUGCUGUAUGCUGAUGAUUCAACCAUAUACGCAUCAGCAACCACAGCUAAUGAAGUCACUGAAACCGUUAACAAAGAGUUGCAGUCUGUUUUGGAAUGGGUGGCCACUAAUAAACUGGUCCUGAACAUCUCUAAAACUAAGAGCAUUGUAUUUGGUACACAUCAUUUCCUAAGUUCUAGACCUCAGCUGAAUCUGGUAAUGAAUGGUGUGGUUGUUGAACAAGUUGAGGAGACUAAAUUACUUGGAGUUACCUUAGAUUGUAAACUAUCAUGGUCAAAACAUAUAGAUUCAAUGGUUGUAAAGAUGGGGAGAGGUCUGUCCGUAAUAGAGAUGCUCUGCUUUUUUGACACCACACUCCAAAAAGCAAGUUCUGCAGGCUCUAGUUUUGUCUAAUCUUGAUUAUUGUCCAGUCGUGUGGUCCAGUGCUGCAAGGAAAUACCUAGUUAAGCUGCAGCUGGCCCAAAACAGAGCGGAGUCUUGCUCUUCAUUGUAAUCAGAGGGCUGAUAUAAAUACUAUGCAUGCCAGUCUCUCUUGGCUAAGAGUUGAGGAGAGACUGACUGCAUCACUUCUUCUUUUUAUAAGAAACAUUAAAAUCCCAAAUUGUUUGCAUAGUAAACUUACACACAGCUCUGACACACACACACUUACCCCACCAGACAUGCCACCAGGGGUCUUUUCACAGUCCACAAAUCCAGAACAAAUUCAAGAAAGCGUAUAGAGCCAUUAUUGCAUGGAACUCCGCUCUAUCUCAUAUUGCUCAAAUAAACAGCAAACCUGGUUUCAAAAACCAGAUAAAGCAACACCUCACGGCACAACGCCUCUCCCCUAUUUGACCUAGAUAGAUUGUGUGUAUCUAUUGAUAUGUAGGCUACGUGUGCCUUUUUUAAAAAUGUAUGUAGUUUUGUCCUUGAGCUGUUCUUGUCUAUUAAUGUUCUGUAUUAUGUCAUGUUUCAUGUUUUGUGUGGACCCCAGGAAGAGUAGCUGCUGCUUUUGCAACAGCUAAUGGGGAUCCUAAUAAAGUACCAAUACCAAAAUACCACUGCUGGGCCCUGACGACGGAACAGAGGUACUGCAAGGUCAUUACAUGAAAGACAGAGUAUAUACAGUCAGAGGUUUUUCGGAGUGCAGUUGUGUAAUUUGGCUUGAUCCUUUCACUUCUGCCUUCAGCCAGCGGAAUUGGUUCUAAAUCCCUUCGUUUCCGCUCCCAUUUAAGUCUACAGUACUAGACUGAGUCAGGUAAUGAUGAGUGAGUCAUCACCAUGCAACGAUUUUGCUUUCAAGUUCAAAGCUGAUCGUUCCCCUUAUUGCCUGUAGGAGAAUCCAGCUCAAUCACUGUACCCAGGUAUCACAAUCUAUGAGCCACCUGACAUGGCAUACUGUAGUUUGUCGGAAGAAAAAGAGGGUGAUAUGCACAUCUUAAAUUUAAGAAUAGCGGUGCUGGACUAAGAAAUAAUACUGAGAUAAAGGAUUGAGAGGCCUGCACAACGAAUAUUGCUUCUCCCCAGUACUUUAUUUCUGCACCCAAUUAUACAACAUUUUUAACUUCACACAUGUUUUUCUAUGUGGUUUCUUUCUUUUUGUUUUCCAGGCCCGGCUAUUCCAGUCGGAGUGGACGUACAAGUAGAAAGCUUGGACAGUAUCUCAGAAGUAGACAUGGUAGGUUUAGGUUAACCCAUUUUUGUACUACCAAGUUAUGACACAAAAACUUCCAACUGCGCGUUGUUGAAAUAAACUUAUAGUAAAAUACCCACAUCAUUAACACUUAUGUCAUUGGUUCCUGGAUCCAUAUGGACACGUUUUGUUGGUAUUUUUUGGCUAGCUAAAUCCCUUAUCUAACAGACUGUAACAUUUGGAUAGUCUUUGUUUACCAUGCAGAUGGUCAUCAUAAUGAUGGGUACUCCCAACUGUUGCUAGUCAUUACAAAUUGUGAGAGGGAGAGGGGUGAAAUAGGGAGUGAGAGAGGGAUGAUAUCUACUUUAGGGGUUUAGUGAGGAGUCGGAGUAGGCGGAGGGGGAUGAGGAGGAAGCGGAGAAGGAGGGGGUUAAGGCUGAGGAGGAAGAGGUUUGAGUCUCUUUGUGGUGGAGCUCAACCCAAGAGGCAUGAGAGGUUGCAGAGAAAUCAAAGAGACUGCUCUGACCAUUGACUUUCAGGCUACACUUAAUUUCAGCCCCAACAGAAUUUCAACCCAAAGUGCUGUAAGUACUGACAGCUGGGUGAAUGAUUUCUAUUUACAUGUAUAAACUGUAGCACUUUUCUCAAAGUCAAAGCUCUACAUUGAUUUGUGUAAUUUACUCACUGGGAUAACUCAACCCCUUAUGACCUCAAUAGCAUAGUUAUGUAUGAUAUAUGACUAAGAUGAUUCACUGGGAAUAGUUUUGCACAAUCACUGGGCUCUUUCAUUUUGCAUCAUAAAGUUUCUACAUUUUAGACCAUUAUAUUGGUUCCACGCACCCUGGGUACUGGGCAAUGCAUAACUUUCCCCUUCUCUGUUCCAAUAGGACUUCACCAUGACCCUGUACCUGAGACACUAUUGGAAGGACGAACGCCUGACCUUCACCAGCUCCACCAAUAAGAGCAUGACAUUCGACGGGCGUCUGGUGAAGAAGAUCUGGGUUCCAGAUGUGUUUUUUGUGCACUCCAAGAGAUCCUUCAUCCACGACACCACCACAGACAACAUCAUGCUCAGGGUCUUUCCCGACGGACACGUCCUCUACAGCCUGAGGUGGGUCUGGGAUGCUUUGGGGAUUAGGGUUGCAAAAUUCCAGUCACUUUUCCAAAAUACCCAUGUUUUCCAGAAAUCCUGUUUGGAAGAUUUCCGGAAUCAGAAGGGAAUAAGCAGGAAAUCCAGAAUCCUGGAAUCCUGGAAUUUCUGGAAAACCUUGGCAUUUUUGUAAAGUUAGCAGAAUUUCGCAACCUUAUGGUAUGGGUCAUUCUUUACAAUGCAGGGUUGGGGUUAAUUCAGUUUUUAAUUCAUUUUGAAUUGACUGUGCUAGCGCUGGGAUGGAGCAAAAGCCUUCACACACUGUGGCCUUCCAUUGCCACGAUUCGCCUCCCCUGCUACAAAGUGAUCGACUCCUAAAAUUCUCAAUACUGGGAUUAUGUGCUUAGCUGUUGACAUGUUUGGAAUAUUAAUAGUAUCCUAACUUUUAAUACUAAAAAUAACAUGGUUCUGUGCAGGAUGUAGGAUGACAUCUAGACAAGAAGAUUCAUUUGCAUUUUGCCUCUGUUGUUUGUUAAAAUUAGAAAUGUGCUUCUGGCUGAUGAUGUUUUUAAAAAUCUGUUUUUGAAAACUAGGCCAAAAUGUGAAGGUACUACUAAGUUGUUAUUUAUGCCAGAUAGAUUGUUCUAUUAUGCUUCCCAAAGUCAUUCACCAGACAUUGGAUGCACAAAUUGUGUUCUAAUGGGUUGAGAACAAGCUUAUUGUUAUUCAUGAAAGUGGCCCUGUUUUUUCAGAUCGUCUACUACAUACAGUUAUAGUCAGUGUUGAAUUGGUUGUAUGAAAUAGUAAAGGCAACAGAAAGGACCCACUUUAUUUGGUGUUGUAAACAGGUGAUUCAGUGUAUAUGUACAGUGUAUGUAGUGAGUCCACACUCCAAAAAUGAGAUUUUCAAAGUUAUGUCAUUCUAUUUAUUUAUUCCAGAAGGCAAAAAGAGCAAAUACCAUACAACUUUGAAAAUAGCAUACAUUGCGGAACCUCUACAAUGAAUCUUAUGUGUUGCAAACAGGCUCAUGGGGGAAUCUUAGUUUAGUUGAUGUCACAUCAUGGAUCUGUAUUGUCCUUACUGUACAGGGUGACAGUGACAGCAGCCUGUAACAUGGACUUCAGCCGCUUCCCUCUGGACACCCAGACCUGCUCACUGGAGCUGGAGAGCUGUGAGUAACUGUCAUCAACUACUAUUAACUACUAUUAAGGCUGAAACAGUCAUACCUCUCACUAUUUUUUUUAUAAAGGGAGGAAUCCUAACUAAGAUACACACAGAAAUCUCCAUUUGACAUCAAUAGAUUAUGUACUCAAAUGUCUACGAUAUCUCUGGUUAGGAUUUUUCCCUCUGGGCACAAAAUGUUGUCUUUUUGAUUACAGUAAAUACACAAACAGAACAAUAUUAUGGAGAAAAUAUCUAAUGUUGGUUGUGCUCCCCAGAUGCCUAUACGGAUGAGGAUCUGAUGCUGUACUGGAAGAGUGGGGAUGAGUCCUUGAGUACGGACGACCGUAUCUCCCUGUCUCAGUUCCUCAUCCAGAAGUUCCACACCACCUCUCACCUGGCGUUCUAUAGCAGCACAGGUACAGUAAAGUACAUUACAGUGCAGUGCAGUACAUUACAGUGCAGUACAGUACAGUACAGUACAGUUAAGACAGCAUUAUCAAUGUUAUGGAUAAAUAGGGUAAUUUUGGUUGAGCUAAAGGUAUUGACUAAGAUUAGUGAUCACGAUCAGUGGUCAAUGAGGUAUUGGCACAGGAAACAACCACACUACAUGACAUGAUUUCAGUUAAAAACUCCAAUACACAGUGAGUUUUUCCCAGCUAGAUGAAUUAGAUUAGAGUAAAAUAAAACGUGACAUCAUCACAGUCAUUUAAGUCAUCAUCACAAUAACCACAUGGAGGGAAAUCAUAAGCAUUGAUAUUCCCAUGAUAUUAUUGACCGAUACUUUCCUUUUGUUUUGUGUCUUCCUGUACAGGCUGGUACAAUCGUCUGUACAUCAACUUCACCCUGCGGAGACACAUCUUCUUCUUCCUGCUCCAGACCUACUUCCCUGCCACCCUCAUGGUCAUGCUGUCCUGGGUGUCCUUCUGGAUAGACCACAGGGCCGUCCCAGCCCGCGUCUCGCUGGGUACGAUUAUGGUGGUGUAAUAGCUACCAAUAGCUCAGAAGUCUUACAGUUUAUGUCUUCUCUAGUGCUGCUUAUUCUCCUCAUUGCCACAUUUCAGGCUUUUGGUGGUAUUGUGUAAGUAUCACAAUGGUUUUCAGCAUCGAGCUUCAAACAUUAAAGCCGUCUUUGUCAGACCUGAUGAAGAUAUAUUGGUGUUGUACGAUUACAAGAAAGAAUACAUAUUCAAAAAUACUCUGAAACUUAUAGAAAUGUCUGAACUCUAUUCUGGUAGCCCCCAUUCCAUAUUUACAUUUACAUUUUCGUCAUUUAGCAGACGCUCUUAUCCAGAGCAACUUACAAAUUGGUGCAUUCACCUUAUGAUAGCCAGUGGGACAACCACUUUACAAUUAUUUUUUCUUUUUUUCUUCUUUGGGGUGGGGUAAGGGGGGGGGGGGGGUAGAAGGAUUACUUUAUCCUAUCCCAGGUAUUCCUUAAAGAGGUGGGGUUUCAAGUGUCUCCGGAAGGUGGUGACGGAUCGUGGUCACCGCCUUGAUGUUAGCGGAGAACGACAGGGUGUUGUCCAGGGUCACGCCAAGGCUCUUUGCACUCUGGGAGGAGGACACAACGGAGUUGUCAACCGUGAUGGCGAGAUCAUGGAACGGGUAGUCCUUCACCGGGAGGAAGAGCAGCUCCGUCUUGCCGAGGUUCAGCUUAAGGUGGUGAUCCGUCAUCCACACUGAUAUGUCUGCCAGACAUGCAGAGAUGCGAUUUGCCACCUGGUUAUCAGAAGGGGGAAAGGAGAAGAUUAAUUGUGUGUCGUCUGCGUAGCAAUGAUAGGAGAGGCCAUUUGAGGAUAUAACAGAGCCAAGUGACUUGGUGUAUAGCGAGAAUAGGAGAGGGCCUAGAACUGAGCCCUGGGGGACACCAGUGGUGAGAGCACGUGGUGCGGAGACAGAUUCUCGCCACGCCACCUGGUAGGAGCGACCUGUCAGGUAGGAUGCAAUCCAAGAGUGAGCCGCGCCGGAGAUGCCCAACUCGGAGAGGGUGGAGAGGAGGAUCUGAUGGUUCACAGUAUCAAAGGCAGCAGAUAGGUCUAGAAGGACGUGAGCAGAGGAGAGAGAGUUAGCUUUAGCAGUGCGGAGAUAUAUAUAUAUAUAUUUUUUUAAACCAACAGACUUGAACUUUUUUUAUUGUCUUCUCCUUUCCCCUGCAGGUAUCACCACAGUGCUCACCAUGUCCACCAUCAUCACUGGAGUGAACGCCUCCAUGCCCAGAGUGUCCUACAUCAAGGCUGUGGACAUCUACCUGUGGGUCAGCUUCGUGUUUGUCUUCCUGUCCGUGCUGGAGUACGCUGCCGUCAACUACCUGUCCACUGUGCAGGACCGCAGGGAACGCAAGAUGAGAGACGAGAUAAGGGAGAGGGCCAGGUCACAGGUAAUGAGAUGCUACCACAGUAGUGUGUAUCUAAGACAAUUUUCUAAGAGUAACUGAAUAUCUCUUGUGAAUACAGUUUGCUCUUAAUUUCAUGCACUUUGGUUGACUGCGAGACACUGCUGACACAUUAGAAUUCCUCUUCUUUUCUUAGGGCCUAACCUAACACAUGCUAACACAUUAAUGUUUGGUCAAAUGUCUCAUUGACAUGCAUGAUUAAAAAAUUACAGUCAUGCAUCUCAAGUUAGUUUAGAUAAAUUUUUCCUGUCAUAAGCUCUAUCUUUCCCUCACCUUCUCUCCUGCCCUGCAGUCGCUGCCCUGCACCUGUGGCAUGUCCCAGACCAGGACCAUGAUAUUAGACGGGACCUACAGCGAGGCGGACACCAACAGCCUGGCCGGCUACACCUCAGGAACUAUGGUGCCCGAGGAGGACGUGGAGAUGCCCCGUGAGGUGAUGACCGAGAAGCAGCCUCCUGGGGAGCACAUGGUGGUCCACCUGUCUGUCAGUAGCGAGUCCACAACCACCAAGAAGAAAGGUAUCCGGGCCCUCAAAAUUAUCCAGAAUACACACGCCAUCGACAAGUACUCCAGG